AACCGCAAAAAAAAAAAAAAAAAGCCCCAGUAGCAGGAGUCCGUUCACAGUCAUCAUGGCGUUAACAACGGCAGCCAAGCGCUGUGCAUCUUCUGUACUUUUCAACAGAACAUUGUCAUUGCCAGAGCUCAGAUCCGCCUGCUCUUAUCACAAAAAGGUGGUGGACCACUAUGAAAACCCCCGAAAUGUUGGUUCCCUGGACAAGAAUGCCAAGAAUGUGGGCACUGGUCUGGUAGGUGCACCUGCAUGUGGAGAUGUAAUGAAACUGCAGAUUCAAGUGGAUGAGAAUGGAAAGAUAGUUGAUGCCCGAUUCAAAACAUUUGGGUGUGGAUCAGCCAUUGCCUCCAGCUCUCUGGCCACAGAGUGGGUGAAGGGGAAAUCGAUUGAUGAAGCCCUUAAAAUAAAAAACACAGAGAUUGCCAAAGAACUUUGUCUUCCACCAGUCAAACUACAUUGUUCUAUGCUUGCAGAGGACGCCAUCAAGGCUGCGUUAGCAGACUACAGACUUAAACAGAAGGAUGAAAAGAAGAUGUUUGCAGAUGCUAGAAAUUAAUGUCCUCAUUUACAGAUGAGUCACUAACCACGUUUACAUGCAACCAAAUAAUCCGUUUAGCAUCCGACUGAUAGCUCAGUUGGACUGAAAUGCCUUCAUGUAAACACAAAAAUGAUCCGAUUGAGCUGGAUCCGAAUGAAAUCUCCAUCCGAUUGAAGGGGGUGUUGUACACCAAAAAUAAUCAGAUUAAAAUAAAAAUAUUAGCCAUGUAAAUAUUUUAAUCCGACUACUUUCUCAGUCGUAUUCUAAAAUACCUUGCGCUCAUGCGCAGAGAUGUGGUGCGUAUGUAUGUUUAUACAUUAUACUUUUUGAGGGAACCUAAUUUAUACAAAGCAAUGACAAAACGCAUUAUUAAGGGUAUGCAGGCUCACACUUACAUGACAUUACAUAAAGCAAAAAAGAAUGUUGUGUCAUUCUUAAUAGGGACUUGAAGCAUCAGGUGCGGUUACGGCGUUCUGUGUUCCAUUGCAUGUAUGCGACUUCACUCACGUCCUGACCUCGAAACCAUAAUUUCUAAAGCAUUUCUUCUUUGCCAUAUAGAUGGUCGAUCAUACAUGACAGAUUAGGAAAGUAAAUGUUAGAUUAUGUUUUACAAGAGAUGAUGCAAUGUGAACACAGUAAAUAGCCUAAACAGCCUUCUCAAAACUUAUGUUAAAUUACACACGGUUAUACAGUUUAAGUCAGAAGUUUACAUACACCUUAGGCAAAUGCAUUUAAACAAACAUUUUGCACAAUUCCUGACAUUUAAUUGUAGAAAACAUUCCCUGGUCAGUUAGGAUCAUUAUUUUAAGAAUGAGAAAUGUCUGAAAAAUAGUAGAGAAUGAUUUAUUUCAGCUUUUAUUUCUUUCAUCACAUUCUCAGUGGGUCAGAAGUUUACAUACACUUUGUUAGUAUUUGGUAGCAUUGCCUUUAAAUUGUUUAACUUGGGUCAAACAUUUUUGGUAGCCUUCCACAAGCUUCUCACAAUAAGUUGCUGGAAUUUUGGCCCAUUCCUCCAGACAGAACUGGUGUAACUAAGUCAGAUUUGUGGGCCUCCUUGCUCGCACAUGCUUUUUCAGCUCUGCCCACAAAUUUUCUAUCAGAUUGAGGUCAGGGCUUUGUGAUGGCCACUCCAGUACCUUGACUUUGUUGUCCUUAAGCCAUUUUCCACAACUUUGGAAGUAUACUUGGGGUCAUUGUCCAUUUGGAAGUCCCAUUUGCGACCGAGCUUUAACUUCCUGUCUGAUGUCUUGAGAUGUUGCUUCAAUAGAUCCACAUAAAUUUCCUUCCUCAUGAUGCCAUCUAUUUUGUGAAGUGCACCAGUCCCUCCUGCAGCAAAGCACCCCCACAACAUGAUGCUGCCACCCCCAUGAUUCACGGUUAGGAUGGUAUUCUUCGGCUUGCAAGCCUCACCCUUUUUCCUCCAAACAUAACAAUGGUCAUUAUGGCCAAACAGUAAAAUUUUUGUUUCAUCAGACCAGAGGACAUUUCUCCAAAAAGUAAGAUCUUUGUCUCCACGUGCACUUGCAAACUGUAGUCUGGCUUUUUUAUGGCAGUUUUGGAGCAAUGGCUUCCUCCUUGCUGAGCAGCCUUUCAGGUUAUAUCAAUAUAGGACUCGUUUUACUGUGGAUAUAGAUACUUGUCUUCCUGUUUCCUCCAGCAUCUUCACGAGGUCUUUUGCUGUUGUUCUGGGAUUGAUUUGCACUUUUCGCACCAAACUACGUUCAUUUUUAGGAGACAGAAUGCGUCUCCUUCCUGAGUGGUAUGACGGCUGCAUGGUCCCAUGGUGUUUAUACAUGGCAUACUAUUGUUUGUACAGAUGAACGUGGUACCUUCAGGCAUUUGAAAAUUGCUCUCAAGGAUGAACUAGACUUGUGGAGGUCCACAAUGUUUUUUCUGAGGUCUUUGCUGAUUUCUUUUGAUUUUCCCAUGAUGCCAACCAAAGAGGCAAUGAGUUUUAAGGUAGGCCUUAAAAUACAUCUCCAAUUAGCCUAUCAUUGGCUAAUUGCCUAAAGGCUUGACAUCAUUUUCUGGAAUUUUCCAAGCUGCUUAAAGGCACAGUUAACUUAGUGUAUGUAAACUUCUGACCCACUGGAAUUGUGAUAGUCAAUUAAAAGUGAAAAUCUGUCUGUUGUUGGAAAAGUAACUUGUCAUGCAUAAAGUAGAUGUCCUAAAUGACUUGCCAAAACUACAGUUUGCUAAUAUGAAAUCUGUGGAGUGUUCAGUUUUUUUUUAAUGACUUCAACCUCAAUUUAUGUAAACUUCUGACUUCAAUUGUAGACUUGAAUAAAAAAAAAACUUAAAUAUCAGUAGCCUAUUAAUAAUAAUAUCUAGGUUUUUGACGUAGGCUGUUUAUUUAGUACAAGAAUAAAACUCUUCUUCUGACAGUUAUUUAACACUGCAAGCAUACAUUCUCUUGCUGUUUUAAAUAGCCUACAUUUUUUUUUCUUGAAUGAUUAAAUGCUCCAUUCCGCCGUCAUUAUUAUUUAGUGAUUUUUUUGCGUAGUGUCCCAUCCGCAGCUGUUGCUUAAAGUCCCUGUUAUUUUGUUUCCAUUCCACAUCUGUAAACUCCUUUAAGGACAACUCUCACCCACCUGUCUUUACUUCAUACUUGCAUCCAGAGAUGCAUGCGGUUAUAUUGGAGAAAUGGGCAUGAGGCAAAUACACAGUUAAGUCAGACAGGGUAUUGGACGCUGCUUCUAAUUCUUCAUUGCCGAGCAGAGUUCCAUAAGAAAGCUUUUCUGGCAUAUUUGUUUUUAGAUAUCUCAACAAAGCAAAAACGGCAAUGAAGGACUUUGGUGCCAUUCUCACUUUCUCAACCUUUUUCCCCUUCUUCAGAAUGCAACGACUGACACUCUUUGCAUGUGCAGAAGUUUGGUUCGGAAUACAUGAAAUGCACAUGUAAAUGAAUAUUUGUAUCAGAUUGCAAAGUUUAGGGGGCAUAUAAACAGUACAUUCAGAAUCUGCAAUCGGAUUAAAUUUAUUCAGAUUGACGAAAAUGAGUGCAUGUAAACAUAGCCACUGACACUCACUGUCGUCAUGACUCAGAGACAUAGUGUACUUUACUUACUGAGGCUGUAAUAAACAAAAGCCAUUAUGAAUAAAUAAUUUCUACUAAUUCACUGCCUUAGGAUUGCUGGUUUGAAGUGGUUUGCAUUGACAGACUGAAGAUCUUUGAAUAAAGUUUUUUUUUUUUUUCCCACUGAAUCAUGCACAUUAAAAUAAACUCUUAAUUCCUGAAGAUCAGGAAGGAAUGUUUUUUGUUAAAUGCAUAUUACCACAAUGCUUGUAAAUUUGUUCUACUAACUGCAGUGUAUCAGGGGGCUCAUUGUAGAUUCCAUGAAAUGAAUGCCUGUAUUUUGAUGCUGUAUUAUUUUUUGCAAGUACAUAAUAAAGCCCUUAAUAAUCA